GGCAGAUCAAGGUUUUCCAUGGUGCUCGAUGGGACGCCUCUGCCGCCAGCAGCUGCCGCUACUCUCCGGGCCUUCCAGGUAGUGGUGGCCGCUACGACGGAUCUGGGAAUAGGGAAGGAGGGGAAGCUCCCGUGGAGCGUCCCCUCCGACAUGGCGUUCUUCAAGAGGAUCACGUCCGAGGCGGCGGACGCGCGCAAGAAGAAUGCGGUGGUGAUGGGGAGGAGGACGUGGGAGAGCAUUCCAGCCAAAUUUCGACCGCUCCCUGGCCGAGUGAAUGUUGUCUUAAGCCGAGCUGGGCUAGAGCUUGGAGAUAAGGCGAUUGUGUGCUCGAGCUUGGAUUCGGCGCUGGGAAUUCUCGCGGCUCCACCGUUUGAUUCGAGUGUAGAGGCUGUGUUCGUGAUUGGAGGUGGUGAAGUCUUCCGGGAGGCUAUGGUUUCUCCUCUUUGCACAGCAAUCCACUUGACGGAGAUACAAACUUUCUUCGAGUGUGACACUUUUAUGCCGGCUUUGGAUCUCACUUGUUUUCGUCUUUGGUAUGCGUCCUCGCCCGCAACGGUGAACAACGUCCGGCAUUCAUUCCAUACUUACGUUCGAAACAAGGCACUCGAUGUGAGAAACGUCGCUGGGACAAGCUCGUUGCCGAUUCCAGAGUUUGUUCGGGAGAGACACGAGGAGUAUCAGUAUCUAAACUUGAUCAAGGAUAUCAUAGAAACUGGAAACACGAAGAGCGAUCGCACUGGCACUGGGACAAUCUCAAAGUUUGGGUGUCAGAUGCGUUUUAACCUCCGUAAUUCUUUUCCACUUCUCACAACAAAGCGGGUGUUUUGGCGGGGAGUUGUCGAAGAGCUACUUUGGUUUAUAAGUGGAUCCACAAACGCGAAGGUUCUCGAGGACAAAGGAAUUCACAUAUGGAAGGGCAAUGGCUCAAGAGAAUACCUCGACAGCAUUGGCCUCUCUGAAAGAGAAGAGAAUGAUCUUGGACCCGUGUAUGGCUUUCAGUGGAGGCAUUUUGGAGCCAGAUACUCCACCAUGCAUGAUGAUUACACAGGACAAGGUGUAGAUCAGCUAGCGGAAGUCAUAGACAAAAUAAAGAACAAGCCGGAUGAUCGCCGAAUCGUUUUAUCAUCGUGGAAUCCCGCAGACUUGAAACAAAUGGCUCUCCCUCCCUGUCAUAUGUUCGCUCAAUUCUAUGUUUCCAAUGGCGAGCUCUCUUGCCAGAUGUAUCAACGCUCUUGUGACAUGGGACUCGGUGUUCCAUUCAACAUUGCGUCCUACGCACUGUUAACUUGCAUGAUCGCGCACGUCUGUGAUCUCGCGCCUGGAGACUUCGUUCAUGUUCUUGGCGAUGCUCAUGUCUACACGAAUCAUGUUGAUCCGCUCAAAGAGCAGCUGGAGAACGUUCCAAAGCCCUUCCCUAUUCUGAAAAUCGCGACCAGUAACAAGGAUAUCGAUUCCUUCACGGCCAAAGAUUUUCAACUCGUCGACUACGAAUCUCACCAGAGAAUAGCCAUGAAGAUGGCUCUGUGAACAAACGCCGAAAGCUUUCUCAAGUCUAAAGCGUGAAUUGCGAAACACUUACACGCUUUUUCGCGAUGGAAAAGGUUGGAUGACUUCCAACUUCAUGCACAGAUCCAAAGCCAGGGCAGCAGCCAAGAACAUCACCACGCUUU